UACACAUAGAUAUACAUUUACUAGAUAACUACACAAUACUACAUCAUACACUUAGUCACUUAUACUCCAAGAGGUCAAACUUCACUACAGUACAAAAUGGCGAGCAGAAGACUUGGGAAGAUUGCUGUAGAGAAUGCAGGUUUGUUCCUGUGUGAUAUGCAAGAGGGGUUCAGAAAGACCAUCCAGUUCUACCCACAAAUAGUGGAGGUAUCAAGGAGAAUGCUGGGAGCUGCACAGCAUCUAGAGAUGCCAAUUAUUGUGACAGAACAAUAUCCUAAAGGUCUGGGGCCCACAGUGUCGGAGCUUGAUGUCUCAAAGGAGAAAGUGUUUGAUAAAACCAAGUUUUCCAUGUGCAUUCCACCAGUAGCAGAGGAAUUGAAAAAUAUGAAAGAUUUAAAGUCAAUCAUUCUUUGUGGAAUUGAGACCCAAGCAUGUGUACAACAGACAACUUUGGAUUUACUUGAGCAGGGAUAUAAUGUACAUGUCAUAGUUGAUGCAUGUUCCUCAAGGAGUACUGUUGACAGAAUGUAUGCAUUUGAACGCCUGAAGGAUGCUGGAGCCUACCUGACGACAAGUGAGGCCAUGCUACUUAGCCUCACGGGAGAUGCCAAGCACCCAAAGUUCAAACAAAUCCAGAAACUAAUAUGGGACCCUGCACCUGAUACCGGACUGCUGAGCCCAACUUAUAAAGCAUAACAAAUAAACAUUUUGAUUUAAUAUUCUAACAUAUAGCAUAAGUUAACAAGAUACAUGUUUGAAUAGCACAGGGUAGAGAAAUAUAUGUGUUUAAUAAAUGAUGUUUGAAAAAUUUAAAGUUCUAUUUUCAAUGAAUUCUGUGCCACAACUGUAUGUAUGCAAAAGUUGACUGAAUAAUUAUAGCUGAAUCUGUAACUGUUUUGGAGGAAACUGGCUGACAUAUAAAUGGACAGACACAUGCUGGACAAACAUAGCCUAGCUGACAAUAUGCUGCAACACUAUUUGGUGGGGUAUAAUAAAAAUGUUGACAAGAAUGUUGUGCAUCGCAGUAAAGAUAUCUAAUUUGUGCAUAGAAUAUGUACAUAAUCUAUGCAAAAAUAGAUUACUCACUCAGUUGCAAUGUCAUUGUAACCUCCUUGUCUGGGAAUUAUUAGCACUUGUAGCUUAGAAUUUCUAAUACACAUUGGCAAUCUUCUCAUUUAAUAUCUCCCAUACACAGAAUCCAAUCAUUGCAUGUCAAUGCUAGACAUGUAAGCUUCAUUUAUAUGUUACAUCAGCAUUAGACGGAAGAUGGAAGUUAUUUUACCUUAAGAUGUGUGCAAUUAUAUCAAACUAAAACUAUUUAUAUCAUAUUAUCUGAUCAAACAUGAUAAAUCACAAGCCUUUGUUAACAUGUUAAAAUAAUGGCACUGACAUUUGUGGAUACCUAGACUGAAAUAGGAUAUCUCAAAAUCCUUUUGACAUAGAGGCAGUUAAAAUGUAAAAAUGUUUACUCCAUUGGAGCAUUUAAAACACAAGAAAAUUCAAAAAGAUUCAACCUAACAAAAUUGCAAAAAAUCAUUCUAAAUUUAAUGGCUACUUUUUGGGUCACCCUGUACAUGUUAAUUUCUAGUUAUGCUACCAGGGCUACAUCAGGUAACAGUAAAUGGUCACCAGAUGUGGGAUAAGAACAAUGAAAUACAUACUUUGGACUAACUGAAGGCAUCACAGAAAUAUAUUUCUAU